AUGGAUUUGGUUAAAAUAUGCAAGAAACAACUAGAAAUGAUGAGAGACAAAGGCUGGGAUUCUUUAGUGGAAGAAGUUGAUUUACAGCUACAAGAGCUAAAUAGUCACUUUAAUGAGGCUAAUACUAAGUUGCUACUUUGGAUGUUUGAUCUUUCUAUGAAAGUAGUUGAGACAAGAAAGGAUGAGGUAUAUCUGGUUUAUUUGCUUAUUAAAUUCCCAUUAAUGCUUCCAGUUGCAACAACUUUGGUAGAAAGAGCAUUCUCUGCAAUGAACGUUGUGAAGAAUCAAAUGCGCAACAAAAUGGGAGACCAAUGGUUGAAUGAUAUCCCGACUGUGUAUCUUGAGAAGGAUGUAUUCAAUGCUAUUGAUAAUGAGCCAAUCAUCCAUUAUUUUCAAACACAUGAAAUCUUGUCGACGACAACUUUAAAUGUAUGA